AUGUUGCUUAGCGAUGAUGAUGAUAAACAUAUAAAGACACAAAUAUCCAUAGGCGACUGUGUUAGACCAUACAAUAGUGACUUGUAUGGAACAGUUGGACCCUUUGUCAGAAUAAAGGAAACCGGAGAAAUGUGUUUCGUUACUGUCAGGCAUAUUUUUGGUGGACUUCAACAAUCGAACCAUAUGUUUAUUGGUUCGAAGGUUGUUCAUAUUCAAAAUAUUAACAAUAAUGAGGAAAUUGAGCGGGUAUGUGGAAUGGUAGUGGCUUGUGAGUACAGUGAAGACUAUGAUGCAGUUCUUGUAAAAUUAUCUCCAGAUUAUAUACCAAACAGAUACAGUUUUGCUGCCGUAAACGAAGAAAUGUUUCAGAAAGAAGGUUUAAGCGGUGCUCCAAAAUAUGCAAGUAUACAUUCAGUUAUUGACGUCAGAAACGAAUGCCUGAACGAAAUGAGUGACAAGCUGUUAAUCAAAAUAGGGAAUCAAACUGGGUGGACUAAGGGUACUCUUCUCAUAACCGAUGGGAUAAUAAAUAAAGAACAAGCUGUCGUUCUAUAUGAACAUCCAAAUCAAUGGAUUAUUCAGGCUGUUCUAACGGUGUUGCGUUUGCACAAGAGGGAGAUAGCGGAUCUUCAAUAUAUUUGCUGGAUAACAACGGUCAGCUUGAUUGUUUAG